AUGGCUUCUUCGUCUGAAUCCGCAAGAGAAAGCGAGCUCGAGGCUCUCAACGCCCUCGUCGACACAUCGAUCCAGCUCGUGAAGCAGCUCCAGACAGUCAUCACCCAAAUCACCACCAACAAGGUCAAGAAGCAAGAAGCCGAGUCUUCUUCGCAAACCACCUCUGGUGCCACGAAUCCCGAGACCGGUUCUUCGGCGAAACCUGUCGAUGCACUAGCACUCGCCUCCGACUCCGUGUCCCUCAUAAGAGCUUACUCGACCCAAAUCUCCCUCUUCAUCAUCAACGAGCCUUUCACCCCAUCCGUCAUAUCGAGAAACUUGCGCGAGCUGAUUGCCAGCCCCAUACCUGGCCUUGCCUCGGCCGUCGAGCUCUGUGCGGGCACGAGAUACACCAAUGUUAUCCGCCACGACCUUGCGCUGCGUUGCAACCAAGUAUUUCUCCAGCUGCGCGGGCUAUUGGAGAGGAUCCCUCGUGACGGCAAGAUCCUGCAGGCAGAGAAGAAGAACGGGGGCAACGGCGAUAAGGGGAGCGUGGCUGCGACAGGUGUACUCUGGGCCGCCUGCGAUGAGGUGACGCGCUUCGCCAAGCUCGGUGUGGAUGGGCACCUGGCCCAAAAGGUCGAGCAGUACAAGGAGACGCUGGACGAUGUAUUGGAGGAGCUGAAGGAGUGGGGCGAAGAGACGGACGAGGACGAUGACGAUGAGGUCUUCGACGACGGGGAUGACGUGGACGACCUUGCGGGCGACAUGGCUUCCAGCCACCUCUCGGCGCAGGCCAUGCUCGACGAUCUGAUGAGUUCACACCGACACAUACCGAGCGAUGACCCGGACAAGAUUAGGGACCGCCUCGACUCUUGCCUCAAGAGAUUACGGCUUACCACACUGCUAUAUCAGGCGAUCAUCAAGCGGCGCCUGAAGACUUUGCCCGCCCUCCCGGCUGGUCCUGACAGCAACGUGCCCUCUCGCCUCAACGAGAUCAUGCCCAUAUUGAGGAAAAUGACGGAACGAUUUGGCGACCUGGCGGCUGCAUUCUACGAUUUGUCUCCAGGGCAGAUUGACAACCAUAUGGACCAGUGCUUUUUUGAUGCAUUUGCCGCCUCGGAACUAUUAGCAAAGCCUUGGGAUGGGCAAAAGGACGGCUUCACUGACUGGGUACUCAAGUUCCAGGGGGAGAUUAAAAAGAGCAAUUAG